GUCAAAGUAACUCCUCAUUCUACAAACUUGAACUUGCCAGGGGUGUUACUUUAACUAGAAGAGAAAACAUCAAACUUGUUGCAGAAUUUGUGAAAAAGAAAGGUUUUAAAAUAAAAUAUGGUAAUACCAAUUCUCUAUAUCUCACUUGCCUAGAUUCUUAUUAUGAAAAAUGCAAUCUAACUUAUGAUGCUGAGAAAGAUAUAAUCUCAAAACUAAAGUACUGA